AUGUUAGAGAUUUUUUGUGGGCUUCUGAUUUGGGUCGCACAUGGAUCGGCGGACCCAACUGAAGGAUUUACUCAACUGAAGUUGACUACUGCCAAUUUCGACAUACAAAAGCCAUAUGAUAAGGAAGUUUCUGAGCGCUACAGCUUCAUUCAUGGCGUCCAUUCCAUGUGGGUUUAUAACGACGAUAAACCCCACACUCCUCAGAGCAAGACCGAGCCCAGGACAGAAAUCCGCAUAAAGGGAUAUGACUACACAACAGGAGUCCGGCAGUUUGAGGGCGACUUUUAUGUUCUGCACGGCACAUCCGGAACAUGCAUUAUGCAAGCUUUUGGGGCUUCGGGAAUGGGACAUGCAACAGCUUUACAGUUACGUGUUUACGAUGGACAACUGAAGCACUACAAAGAUGAGGUCUUAGCUUCUGAUGUGUACGAUCGGUGGAUUCAUUUGAACGUUAUUCAUGAUGCAGAUGAAGGAAAAGUGCAUAUUGAAAUAAUGAUGAUAUUGCUAGAGAUUUUGUGCGGGCUUCUGAUUUGGGUCGCACAUGGAUCGGCGGACCCAACUGAAGGAUUUACUCAACUGGACUUGAGUGCUGCGAAUUUCAACAUACAACGGUACAGCUUCAUUCAUGGCGUCCACUCCAUGUGGGUUUAUAACGACGAUAAGCCUCUUUCGAAUCACAGCAAUACCAAGCCCAGGACAGAAAUCCAAAUCACGGGAUAUGACUACACAACAGGAGUGCGGCAGUUCGAGGGAGACUUUUAUGUUCCUCGUGGUACGUCGGGAACAUGCAUCAUGCAAGUUUUUGGUGCACCGGGAAUGGUUCAUGCGACGGCUUUACAGUUACGUGUUUACGAUGGACAACUGAAGCACUACAAAGAUGAUGUCGUGGCUUCUGAUGUGUAUGAUCGGUGGAUUCACUUGAACGUUAUUCACGAUGCAGAUGAAGAAAAAGUGAACGUCUUCAUCGAUGGGGAGGAGAAGGUAGUUGCGGAUGAUCGAGGACGUGCCAACCAUUAUUUUAAGUGUGGCGUUUACACUCAAGAUAAUUCCUCCAAUUUCAUGGAGUCUCGCUGGAAAAAUAUUAAAAUUUGGACCAAAUAAUAUUUAGAAGAGCAUUCUCUUGGAAGAGAAGCAAUGUAGAGAAAGUGGCGCAGAAGCAACUACCAAGUGACGGAAUGGGGACAUCGAACAUCGAAUCAUAAGAUAUGCAAAGUUAACUUGCUAUACAAAGAUGAGUGUUGCAGAAAUGUAGAGAAAGUGGCGCUAAAUAAGUUUAUAACAAAAAUGGGUACA